UUUAAGCGCUUGGUUUUGCUGAUCAAUUUUCCGCCGGAUUUUGGAGUUUAUAAAAUCAAACAGUACAAUUUGUGACGUCACAGCACGAGCUGUUUAAAGAUCAAAGAUGCACUGCAAUGAUUAAAACAUGGCAUUUGAGUUUGGUUUUCAAAACUUCGGAGAAGAUGAAGAAGAAGAUGACUUUGAAGGGCAGUGGAAAGGCGCAGGCUUGCGGGAUGGUCUUAUUCUGUUAGUGGACUGCACCAAACAGAUGUUUGAUGUGGAAAAUGAGGAUGAAGAAGAGAGUCUCUUUCAGCUCUGUAUUCGGUGCUGCAAGACUACCCUGCAGAACAAAAUCAUCAGUAGCGAGAAGGAUUUGAUUGGCAUUGUUUUCUUCGGAACUGAAAAGUCAAAGAAUCCUAAUGAUUUCAAGCACAUUUAUGUGUAUCAGGAGCUUGACCAACCAGGAGCCACUAGAAUUCUGGAGCUGGAGGAAAUGUGUGAAGAGAAACACAAGACAUUCACAGUAGACUAUGGUCACAGCCUGGCAUUCUCUCUCAGUGAGGCAUUAUGGACCUGUCAGAAUAUGUUUGCUAACAGUCCACAGAAGGUGAAUUCCAAAAGAAUCCUGCUGUUCACAUGCAAUGAGGAUCCCCACACAGGGAAUGCACAGUUACAGCGGCAGGCCAAGACCAAAGCUAGUGACUUGAAUGAGACAGGAAUCGAUCUUGAACUGAUGCACCUUCAACUGCCAGGGCAUACAUUUGAUGUGAACAAGUUUUACAAGGACCUGCUGUACACAGAUGAUGACGAGAUGACAGAGCUGGCAGACCCAUCCGAAAAACUGGAGGAACUGUUAACCAGGGUGCGUUCAAAGGAUCACAAAAAGAGGGCAUACAGACACAUGGCCUUUAGCCUAGGCGAAGGACUGGAAAUGGGCAUUGGGGUGUAUAACCUUGUGAGGCGCUGUACAGCACCAUAUGCUGUAAAACUGGACAAAUCAAAUGAUGAGCUUAAGAGCCACCAAAAGAUUUACUUGAAGGACACAGGCGAGGUUCUACUGGAACAGGACCUAAAGAAAUGUCAGACGUACGGCGGCAAGAAGAUCUAUUUUGAAAAGGAGGAAGUGGAUCUCAUCAAGAGAUUCGACCCUUCAGGACUGUAUCUGAUGGGAUUCAAGCCGCAGAAAAGCCUGAAAAUCUACUUCAAAGUGAAACCUGCAUCCUUUAUCUACCCAGAUGAACAGUCAGUUACUGGCAGUACUACACUGUUCACUGCUCUCAUGAAGAAGUGUAUUGACAGAGAUGUUGUGCCCAUCUGUAAAUACAUCCCCAGCAAAAGUAGCCCACCUAGAUUUGUGGCUCUCUUGCCCCAGGAGGAAGAGCUAGAUGAACACAAAGUGCAGAUUCGCCCACCGGGCUUCCACGUUAUAUUUCUGCCCUUUGCUGAUGACUUCCGCAAAGUCAAGUUUGAACAAACACCUAAAGCCAAUGCUGAACAGAUUGACGCAGCCAAGAAAGUUCUUAAGAAACUACAGUUUCCCUAUACGGCAGAAAGUUUUGAGAACCCUGUACUACAGAAAUACUGGCGCAACAUAGAGGCACUUGCGUUGGAAAGGGAUGCUCCGGAGGAAAUGACAGACUAUACCUUACCUGAUGAAGAUAGAAUCAAGAAGCGGGCUGGCUCAGCCAUUACUGAGUUUAAAGACCUUGUGUUCCCUGCCGACUACAAUCCCGGGGCCAAACGGAAGGCUGGCGGUGUCGCGGGUGACCCUGCAGCCAAGAGAGCCAAGGCUGAACAGGUCGCUGCUGCUGUCGAUCUAAAAACUGAGGCUGUUGCCGGCAGGCUGGGGAAGCUGACAGUUGCUGUAUUACGAGAGAAAAUGAAGCAAGAAAACAUCACAUCUUCUGGGACCAAGAAGGCAGAUCUCAUUGACACCAUUUGUGCCCACUACGAUGUUGGCAUGUAAAAUGAAAGUUGUUACACAAGAAAAAAACAAAAAGAUUUGAAGCAGAUGUCAUGAAUAUCUGUUGUCCAGAGUUAGUCAGUUUCUAGUAUGAGAAAUUGUAUAGUGCCAGAGAUGAACACAGUGAGAAUUAUGACAGUUAGCUUCAGUAAAGUGUGGGAUACUAAGUUUUGCAUACAUGUUUUCAUGUUGAGCAGAAAGUGCUUAAGGUGAGCUAUUGUGAUCACUCUCUGUCUGACGUCUGGCCUGAACACUUUUUGCAUCAAAUGACAUCUCAGAAACCACAGGGCCGAGUUUGAUCCAACUUUGAAACAUCCUCAUAUUGAUCCCUUUUAGAUUUGUUCAAAAUGGUUCCAGCCUAUGGGACCAUAGGGCUUUAACUAGAAUUUUUUUUAGUCUUUUUUUUCUCAUGAACCGUUUUUGCAAGAGCUUAGAUUUUUGUAUAGAUACUAUAGUGCUUUGCCAAGUGGUCCUCUACAUAAUUUGUUCAAAUGGUAACCUCGGGGUCAAUACUGGCACCAUCCUGGAGGCCAAUUGUUUUAUAUACAUGUAGGAAAAUCUUCGAAAACUUCUUAUCAACCACAAUGGCUCUAGCGAAUACAAAAGGCCUCUACCAAGUUUGUUCAAUUGGGUAAUUUGUUCUAUACAAACUUACAUAGGAAAAACUAAACUAAAAAAUAAAUAAAAUAAAUAUUGUUAUAAUAAUGAGGAAUUCAUUUUGUUCAUAUUUUUGUGCUUAAAAAAUGAAGUAAGUUUCUUUAAUGUUUGAAACUAAAGCUGCAUGAUAGAAAACAUCCUAUUUUCAAUUUUAGCAAUAUGGAAGUUCUGGCACACUUUAGUUAUAAUUUGUUGGACUGCUUUAACUCGACCUGUUAGAUGAGCCUGGCCAGUGGGGGAAAGACAAUGAAGAAUCUCCCCUAAUGGAGAUUUUAUUUUAUAAGAUAGUUUGAUCAUUUCAUCCCUGCCUCUUUUCAGCUAUUUUCGUCUGUAGUUAAAAUUACUUCGUAUAAAAUGAUUAAUCAAAACAGACUCAGUCUGGUACAAUGAAUAACAUACUGUGUCAAGUGGGCGUGUCGGUUUAGACGUCACUGCUUUGAUAGCUCUAGCUUAUCCAAUAGAAGCUGCAAUUUUUCUUGGAUUAUCAUGAAUCUUGGUCAGAAUGUUCAUCAUGAGUUUUGAAGUACAUGUAUCCUAUAGCAAUUUAUCGGCAAAUAAGUCUAAUUCAGCCAAAAAAGCAGUGAGCGGUAUAGGGCCAUUGUGGCCCUCUUGUUCAUGUUUUCUUGUAGUUUCUAUAUGUGAUCAAAUGUUUUGUUAUUCAUUUACAUUUUAAACCUGAAAUGAUUGCAUAAUGGAAGACGUCAUGCAUGUAGAAAAUGGUAGAUAAUUGUAUGACAGAAAGACAUGUAAAAUGAAAAUUGGAUAUAAUAAUGACACUGAAUAUGGAAGUUUGGUAAAAUGAAUCCAUAAAAGUCAGUAUUUCCCUUUAAUUUUUAGCUCGACUAUUUGAAGAAUAGGUGGGCUUUACUACUCGCCCCAGCGUCGGCGUCCGGUUAAAGUUUUAGGGCAAGUUGGGAUUUUCACUUAUAAGUCCAAUACCUUACAUUCAAUUGAUUUAAUACUUCACACAGUUGUUCGGGGCCAUCACAUGAUGAGGUUAGAUAACUCCAUAUUAUUCUUUACACAGAUAAUGGCCCCUGAUUGACUAUGGAACUUAGGUUAAAGUUUUAGGGCAAGUUGGAAUAUUUAUUAAUAACUUCUAUAUCCUUUGUUUAAUUGACUUAAUACUUCACACAGUUGUUCAGGACCAUCACACAAUGAGGUUACACAACUCCAUAUUAUCCUAAAUACAAGUUAUGGCCCCUGAUUGACUUAGGUUAAAGUUUUAGGGCAGGUUAAAGUUUUAGGGCAAGUUGGGAUUUUCACUUAAAACUCCAAUACCAUUCAUUCAAUUGACUUAAUACUUUACACAGAUGUUCAGAGCCAUCACAUAAUGAGGUUAGAUAACUCCAUAUUUUCUUUAAUACAAAUUAUGGCCCCAGAUUGACUAUGGAACUUAGGUUAAAGUUUUAGGGCAGGUUGGGAUAUUGCUUAAUAACUUCUAUACCCUUCAUUCAAUUGACUUAAUACUUCACACAAUUGUUCAGGACCAUCACACAAUGAGGUUACAUAACUCCAUAU